CCCGUCGCCGACUUUGCCUUUGACGAGUCCCUCGUGGAGUUCACCGUCCCAAAAGCCGACUGGCUGCGGAUCAACAACAAGGCCUUUGACGGGGUGCACACGUCGGCCUUUAUUUUUGACGACGCAGGGCGCGUGUUGCUCGUGCAGAGGGCGGCGCACGACAGCAUGCCGAAUCUGUGGGAGACGCCGGGAGGGGCGGUGGACAAGGAGGAUGCGUCGAUAUUGGCGGGGUGUGCGCGGGAGGUGUGGGAGGAGGCUGGGCUUGUUGCGAGGAGGAUGGUGAGGCUUGUUACGGAGGGGGGGGAGAGAGAGAAGUGGUCUGUUUUUAUGAAUAGGGAUGGGACGAAGGUGUUUUGCGGGUUUGGGUUUGAGGUUGAGGUUGAAGGGGGCAAGGAGGUUGUGCUUGAUGAGAGGGAGCAUCAGGAUUUUGUGUGGGCGGGGGAGGAGGACGUGAGGAGGGGGGAGGUUGGGGGGAGGAGGAUUCCCUUGACGGCUUUGGCGAUGAGGAAUAGGUUGCUGGAGGCGUUUCGGCUGAGGAGG